CGCUAUGAACGCAUCGCUCUCUCUCUCUCUCUCUCUCUCUCACUCACUCACUCAGACCCCACUGAUGAGAAUCGCAGUACCAAACUGGUCAUUUAUGUUCGAAUAAUCACCAAAAGAUGCCGAAUAUACGUCUCUGUACACUCCAACAACCCACCUUUUCCCUCCUCCGAUCGAUCUAUUUUUCGCCCAAUUUGGUACCCAUUUCGAUUCCACGCCUCAACUAGUUUUUUUUUUCUUCUUCUCAAAUUCGACCCAAUAAUCGAAUCGCUAGGGUUUAGAGGUUUUCCGAUUGUUUUGAUCAGAAGAAUCGGCGUUAGGGUUUUGCUUUUGUUCGAAUUCUGGUUGCAAUCGGUGACAUGAAGAUCGAAGAGAAGGUGGACGAGGUUGAAUCUGAUGGAAGGAGUUGUUACAGUGAAGACUCUGAUUGUGGAAGACAGAUUGUUCGGGUCGAUGCCAAGAGAGCGUUAGUCGGAGCAGGGGCUCGGAUCCUGUUCUAUCCCACCCUUCUCUAUAAUGUUUUCCGGAACAAGAUUCAAGCUGAGUUCAGAUGGUGGGACGAAAUCGAUCAGUAUCUUCUGCUUGGUGCGGUUCCUUUCCCUAAGGAUGUUCCACGGUUGAAACAGCUUGGUGUUGGCGGUGUCAUAACUCUCAAUGAACCUUACGAAACAUUGGUUUCAACAUCCUUAUACCAUGCCCACGGGAUAGACCAUCUGGUUCUUCCUACUAGAGAUUACCUCUUUGCUCCUUCGUUUGUGGAUAUUAAUAAGGCUGUGGAUUUCAUUCACAAGAAUGCAUCUUGUGGUUGGACUACUUACGUCCACUGUAAAGCUGGGCGUGGAAGAAGCACAACCAUUGUGCUUUGCUAUUUGGUAAAGUAUAAGAACAUGUCUCCUGCUGCUGCCCUGGAAUAUGUGCGUUCUAAAAGACCUCGAGUGCUCUUGGCUCCUUCGCAGUGGAAGGCAGUCCAAGAAUACAAGCAGCACCGAUUAGUGUCUACUCCUCACUCUCCCUCCGGGGAUGCAGUUUUGAUUACAAAAGCAGAUUUGGAAGGGUACCAUAGCUCUUGCGAUGACAAAGUCAGCAAGGAGUUGGCAGUUGUGCCCAGAGUGGGAAGGCUAUCGUGUCUCUUAGCUUCUUUGAAAGAAGUUUCAGGUGGCUUUGGGCCUGUUCCUAGGCGGCUUGCCGAUGCACGUGCUUGCUAAGGGCACCCACACUAGUUAGGUGGGUUGCUUGUACAGAAGUGCAUUAUGGUAAUAACAUGCAUGGGCGGGGCUAUGCAUGAAGUAGUGGGUUCAACCCACUCAACUUUGAAUUUUUUUUUUUAAAGAAAAAUGUAAGUAUUAUAUAAAUUUUUUGAAAGGCUUUCUUAAAUUGGCACCA